AUGAUGAAACGUGAAAAGGCAAAAGACGAGGAAGCGAGCGGAGCGAAUCCAUAUGCCAAUUUGGACAAAACAACAGUCUUGCAAGAGGCUCGUGCUUUCAAUGAUACGCCAAUUAAUGCACGCAAAUGCACACUGAUCUUAACCAAAUUGCUUUAUUUGCGACAGCAAGGUGAAUCUAUUGGACGUAAUGAAGCGACCGAGGCUUUUUUUGCAGUUACAAAGUUGUGGCAGAGCAAGGAUGCUAAUUUACGUCGUCUAGUCUACCUUGCUAUCAAAGAGCUUUGCGAUAUUUCUAACGAUGUAAUUAUUGUAACGAGCAGCCUUACGAAAGACAUGACUGGGCGGGAGGAUAUGUAUCGUGCUCCAGCAGUCAGGGCUCUUUGCUCUAUAAUUGAUGGGGGUAUGCUACAAGCAAUAGAACGUUAUAUGAAGCAGGCUAUCGUAGACAAGAAUCCUGCUGUUGCUUCUGCUGCACUUGUCUCCUCCCUUCAUUUGCUGAAAAAGAACCCCGAAGUUGUGAGGCGCUGGGCGAAUGAAGUUCAAGAAGCUGUCUCAUCAGAGAGCAAUAUGGUUCAGUUUCACGCGUUGGGACUUUUGUAUCAUAUUCGAAGUAGUGACAGAUUGGCAGUCAACAAAUUAGUUCAGAAAUGGAGUAAAUCUUCUCUUCGCUCGCCAUAUGCGAUAUGUUACCUAAUUCGUUUAGCUGCUAAACUAAUGGAAGAGGAUGAAGCUGGUGCCGAAAGCCCAUUGUUCCAAUUCAUUGAGUCCUGUUUGCGUCAUAAGUGUGAGAUGGUUGUUUAUGAAGCAGCUUCAGCUAUUGUCCGUUUACCAAAUACAACAUCUUCGGAACUCUCUUCUGCAGUUUCAGUUCUUCAACUUUUCUGUUCUUCUCCAAAACCAGCUUUGAGGUUUGCAGCUGUGCGGACCUUAAACAAAAUAUCCAUGAAGCAUCCACAAGCGGUAAUCUCAUGUAAUGUUGACUUGGAGCAGCUAAUAACCGACCAAAAUCGGUCUAUUGCUACGCUUGCUAUAACUACGUUGCUUAAAACCGGUGCGGAGUCGAGUGUAGAGCGUUUAAUGAAACAGAUCAGUACAUUCGUGAGCGAAAUCAGUGAUGAGUUUAAGAUAGUUGUAAUUGAAGCAAUACGUUCACUCUGCUCUCGUUACCCUCGCAAACAUGCGACUAUGAUGUCUUUCUUGGCCACAAUGUUGCGGGACGAUGGAGGUUUUGAAUACAAAAAAAGUAUUGUUGAUACGAUUACUGACAUCAUUGAGGAGAAUCCUGAUGCAAAGGAAGCAGGUCUUUCACAUCUGUGUGAGUUCAUCGAAGACUGUGAACAUGCAGUGUUAGCGACUCGUGUGCUGCAUUUACUUGGUAGAGAAGCACCAUCAACUCCUAAUCCAUCACGUUAUAUUCGUUUUGUGUACAAUCGUGUGAUUUUGGAAACAACUCAAGUUCGUGCUGCAGCAGUAACUGCUUUGGCCAAAUUUGGUGCUCAAUGUGCAGAUUUGAGAAGUUCUAUUGAGGUGUUGUUGCGUCGGUGUUUGCUAGAUACUGACGACGAAGUUCGUGAUAGAGCCACAUUCUUCCUUACUAUUUUACAGACUGGAAAUGAACAAAUUAUUGCCAAGUACAUCUUAAAUUCUCUGCAGGUUUCUGCUUCUGGCUUAGAGCAUGCUGUGGAGCAGUAUUUAACUUCUGAGGACUAUAGCGCCCCAUUUGACCUUAAAGUUGUACCUGUGUCGCAGAAACCCUUAACGGUGACAGAAAAAGGAAAAUCAGCUGUUUCACCUGAAGUUACUUCUGUCAAAAAGGAAGAGAAGAAGACUCGACUAGAGGUGUAUGCAGAGCAGUUACGCGCAAUCCCCGAAUUUGCUUCUCUCGGUCCUCUUUUCCGUUCCUCUCAGCCAGUUGCUCUUACUGAUGAAGUCACUGAAUACAGCGUAGAUUACAUCAAACAUACCUUUCCUAACCACAUUCUGUUGCAGUUUGACUGCAAAAACACGGUUAGUGAUCAGCUUCUUGAGAACGUUAGCGUCGAGUUGGAAGCACUUCCAGAUACAGAAGGAUGGCGUAUAUGUAAUGUCAUUCCUAUCCCGUCGCUUCCUUACUUAACAGUCGGAACAACUUAUACAUUGUUGCAAAUGCGUGAUCCUGAGGUGGUGACCGGCUCAUUUAGUGCGACAUUAAAGUUCAAAGUUAAAGAUGUUGACCCUGCCACUGGACAACCUGAGAGUGACGAAUGCUAUGAUGAUACUUUUGUAUUGGAGGAAGUAGAAAUUUCUGUAGCCGACCAUGUUCAACAGAUACACCGUGCGAACUUUGGUGCUUCUUGGGAACAGUAUAGCGAACAUGAAAUAGACGAGACUUUUGCUCUCUCAUCUGUUCAUACUCUACAGGACGCAGUACGAGAGCUAAUCAAAUGCGUGGGGAUGGGACCUUGUGAACGGACGGAUCGAGUACAAGAAGGCAAAAGCAGUCACUUAUUGUUGUUAGCAGGUGUUUUUAGAGGUGGCCACGAAGUACUUGCUAAAGUACGGCUCGCUUUAGAUCCUGCUGAUCAGUCUGUUACUAUGAACAUAAUUGUGAGAUCCGAUGACUCGUCAUUAUGUGGGAUCAUUGCCGGCGCGAUCGCAUGA